AUGUUGGCCAACGCUUGCCUUAGGGUGGGUCAUUGGCCUCGCAUAUUCAAGGAGUCACUGUCGGUUAUUGUUCUGAAGCCAAACAAGCCCUCCUAUGCUGUACCGAAGGCUUUUAGGCCAAUUGUACUCCUCAUCACUUUUGGUAAACUUAUCGAAAAGAUGAUUGCAAAUCAGAUACAGUUUGACGCAGUCAAACAUGAUAUCUUUCAUCCAAACCAGCUUGGUGGAAUUCGCCAGAGGUCAACUGAGGAUGCUGGAUUGAUCCUGACUCAUCUUUUCUUCCCUUCUAUCAACCAUGAAAUGUUCAUGGCUGUCCUACGCAAGCAAGGAUUCUCACCAAUUUUGGUGGAGUUCUUUGUGUCUUACUUAGUUGGCCGUUCCACAGUUUAUUGUUGGAACACCUUCCAAUCUGACUUGUGGUCUGCGGACAUGGGUGUCAGGCAGGGCUCUGCUCUCUCGCCUGUUAUUUCAGGGCUUUUCAUUGCUCCAGUGAUGAAGCUCUUCUACAUCAAGGCGGUGCUGCUCAACACAAUGCUGCUCUCCUUUGUGGACGAUGGGACCAUUUUGGCCCAAUCCAAACAACUCGAUGAUAAUAAUGUGGGCCUGCGCAAGGCCUACAAGAUUAUCUACCUUCUCUUUGUUGCCUUCGCACUUGUUCUUGAACACGACAAGACCAAGUUGUUCCACUUUUCGCGUCAGCGAGACGCCUAUAAUCCCUCAUUGGAUUUGGGGUAUGCCCCGCAUACCGAUGCUACGCCUUUGAAGCCCAAGACCUAUUGGAGGUACUUGGGCUUCUACUUUGACCGUGGGCUUACAUUCCAUGAGCACGUUCGCUACUAUGCCACCAAGGCAUUCACCACCGUGCAGGCCAUGCGCAUGCUCGGAAAUUCUACCAGAGGUCUCUCGCCUAAACAGCGGUGCCUCCUCUAUAGAUCAUGUGUGGUUCCCAUUGCCACAUAUGGUUAUCGUCUGUGGUAUUUUGAUGGUGCCCAUAAUAAGGGCACGAUGAACCAGCUAAAAUGGAUGCAGCGGAAAGCUGCUCUAUGGAUGACGGGUGCAUUCUGCACCUCACCUACAGGCACUCUUGAGGCCUUAGAAGGUCUCAUCCCCAUCCACCUUAUGCUGAAGAAGCUGGCAACACACACAGUGUAUCGCGUCGCCACCCUGUCAGACACCCACCCUCUUCACUCCAUGAUGGGCGAGGGACUCCUCAAACAGGCUGAACCUCACGCCCGCUCAGCCGCCUUGAUGACCCCAGCCAUGUGA